AUGGCUAAAAGUAAUUGUAAAAAGAAGAAGAAGAACAAGGGAAUAUUCAACACAGUCAUUGCUCCUCUUGAGGAUGACUUGCCUGAGCAACCCACGGACCUAGUCAUUCCAGAGCUCGAAGAGUAUGCCCAGGUAGCUGAAUGUCCUUAUACGACUCCCAUCAUCACCGUCAAGGUCAACGACAACUACUACAGGAUUCCACAGCAGUACCUCCGACCAUAUGAAACUUUGCAAUUCGAACCGGAGGUUAUGCACAAGGGAUAUUGGGGCAGUGAGCGCCAUCAUCACCAGCUGGACAUUGAGCCGCAAAGUGCCCAUACCUUCAUUCAUUACUUGUACACUGGACAGUAUGAGACACUUGAAACCCCACUCAGCAUCCCUCAGUCAGCGGAUGACAUCCCCACAAUACUCAACACCCGUGAUAGAGAAGAGUUCCAGCGCGCAGCCUAUGUAUAUCAGGCUGCCGUUCGGUACGAGAUCCCCGGGCUACUAAGCAUGGCACAGCACUUCAUGGCCCGAUUCGCCGAGAGAUUGUCGAUAGAUGAUAUUCUGCGUGCCAUAAGAUGUAUUUACGCAAGUCUUCUCUCGAAACAUUCUGGAUGCACGUGGCUUGAGGGUUUUGUUCGAAACCAAUUGGAUGUGGCAUUUAUGAACACAGAUGGAAAGCUGAGACAAAUCAUAAGGGACUAUGAAAUUGGAAAUAGUGGACACUUCGAUACUUUCGUUGUUGAUGAGGUCUUGGCACUCUACGAAAGGGAGCAAGACAGGAUACACCAUUUGAAGAGCUUGGUCAUUUCAAUGGGAGGUCAUGAGCCCGUGCUUCAGGCUGAGCCUGUGCCUGAUCCUAUACUUGAAUCUGAGUGUGAGCCUGAGUGUGAGCCUGUGUGUGAGCCUGUGUGUGAGCCUGUGUGUGAGCCUGAGUGCGAACCUGAGUGCGAAUCUGUGUGCGAACCUGUGUCCGAAUCUGUGUGCGAACCUGUGUGCGAACCUGUGUGUGAACCUGUGUGCGAACCUGAGUGCGAACCUGAGUGCGAACCUGAGUGCGAACCUGAGUGCGAACCUGAGUGCGAACCUGAGUGCGAACCUGAGUGCGAACCUGUAUCUGAGCCCGAGUUCGCGAAUGAGCCUGAGCCUGAGCCUGCAUGUGAUCCUGAGCCACUACUCGAACCCGAUACAGAAGUGGCGAUACCAGCUCCAGAACCGGAGCUAGAGCAAGAUCCAGAGCCUACUUCUAGGCGUAUCGUUAUAGCUCCUCAAAUACCAGAUAGCCCUCUUUAUAACAACUGGAACAGUCUCUCCAGCAAAGACAGAAAGAAGCGGGAAAAGAGCUUGAUCAAAUCGGGGCUUCCUAUCCCGGGUAAAGAUUUCGAUAUCCCUGUUCCAGAUAUAAACCCUGCUGUUCCAGAGCCUGAACCUGAGGCUCCGGCGGAGCCCGAGCCCGAGCCAGCUCCCAGGUCAAGUUCAUCUUUUGGGUCUUGGGAUAUGCCAGUCGCAAGCGACAAUGGGUGGGGUAACGUUACCCAACAUCAAUCGUUUGAUUUUGCCAAAUGGGGGUGA